UCAUGCUGCUGCCAAGUCCAGAGUCUCUCAUGGGUCCCUGUACGGCCUCCCAUUGCUGCUGUCUCCAUCGCCACACUCUGCCAUGUGCCACUUUCAGGUCUCCACACACUGCUGGUGUGUUCCAUUUUUUGUCAUAGGGUGCUGGCAGAUUACGGGCCUCCCAUAGCUGCUGCCAGGCCCCUAAUCUGCCAUGGGCCCCUAUAUACCGCCUCCUCAUGCUGCUGCCAAGGUCCAGAGUCUCUCAUGGGUCCCUGUACGGCCUCCCAUUGCUGCUGUCUCCAUCGCCACACACUCUGCCAUGUGCCACUUUCAGGUCUCCUCACACUGCUGGUGUGUUCCAUUUUUUGU